AUGGCACAAACACCUUUACAACAGGCUACCGAGCUCACCAAGAGUGACCGGAAGGCAGAGGGAAUAUUGAAGGAGAUUUUGGCUUUGAAAAAUGAGAAUGACGAGGCGACGAGGGACCAGGAGGCAGCUCUGAUGCAGCUUGCCCAGCUCUACCGGGACGAGGGCAAUGCCGAAGGUCUGGCGGACGUCGUGAGACUUUCCCGGCAGUUCAUGUCCUCAACUGCGAAAGCAAAGUCUGCCAAGCUCGUACGAACUCUAAUCGACUACUUUGGGCCCCUCCCCUCCUCGACCGCCAUUCAAACCUCUCUCCUCAACGAGCUCAUCGCAUGGGCACGGGGGGAAUCUCGCAUCUUCCUCGCCCAAUCUCUUGAGAUCCGCCUUGCUACCCUCUUCCUGGAAACGCGUCAGUACCGUGAUGGGCUUGCCAUUGUCGACCGGUUAUUGGGAGAGCUGCGACGUCUCGACGACAAGAUGAUCCUGACCGAGGUGCAUUUGCUCGAGUCCAAGCUGCAUCAUGCAACCCAAAACUUGCCAAAGGCGAAGGCCGCUCUGACGAGCUCGCGGACUGCUGCGAACAGCAUAUACUGUCCGCCCCAUCUCCAGGCGCAACUGGAUAUGCAGAGCGGCUUGCUUCUUGCCGAGGACAAGGACUACAAGACCGCCUACUCGUACUUCUUCGAAGCAUUCGAGGGAAUGGGUGGCGUGGAGGACGCGCCGGGAGCUCUGGCUGCACUCAAAUACAUGUUGCUGUGCAAAAUUAUGCUCAAUGCGCCUGAAGACGUGAAUACUAUCAUGAACGUAAAGCUUGCUUCCAAACAUGCGGGUCGACAGGUAGAUGCAAUGAAGGCCAUUGCGGCAGCACACCAGGCUCGCAAUCUGGCAGCAUUUGAGCAAGCGUUGAAGGAUUAUCAGAGCGAGCUCCAAUCCGAUCCAACAAUCCGAACGCACCUUUCUUCCCUUUACGAUACCCUACUGGAACAGAACCUGCUGAAGAUCAUUGAACCGUUCAGCAGGGUAGAGAUAUCACACGUGGCUGAACUUGUUGGGCAGCCCGUCAGUCAGGUCGAAUUGAAAUUGAGCCAAAUGAUCCUAGACAAAGUCUUCAACGGGAUUCUUGACCAAGGUGCUGGCUGCUUGGUCGUCUACGAUGAGCCAGAGGAGGAUGAGACGUAUUCCAGCACGCUAGAUACGCUGAAGCAUAUAGGGCAUGUCGUUGAGUCGUUGUACGGCAAGGCAACAAAACUCGCGUAGUGUACUACUGGUAGCUGGUAAUGCUUAUGCUGUUAUAGAGCACUAUUGUCCUCGCCCCAUGAGCGCAUUGGCACUUGAAGGAGGUCAGCAGCCAUCGUUGUGCAAAU